AUGGAGAUGGUCACCUAUGAAGACGAAUCUGAGAUGUCUAUGGUAUAUGAAAACUUCCGCGAUGCCACAGUCAGGAAUGAUGCAUUAAAGAGCCGCUCUGGAGAAGACAGUAACGUUCCAGCUGCAGCACUUGGAAUAAAACUGUACAGACUGGUUGCUGUGACCUUUGGACUCCUGUGUAUCCUGCAAGUGACUCUCAACAUUUGCCUGUGUCUUGCUCUCUUUUCACAGCGUGAUUCCCUGACUGAAGAGAGAGAUGAGUUGAAGAGGAUCAACUCUGAUACUGAAGCCAGAUGUAAAAACGUGACUGAAGAGAGAGAUGAGUUGAAGAGGAUAAACUUUGAUACUGAAGCCAGAUGUAAAAACGUGACUGAAGAGAGAGAUGAUCUGGAGAGGAAGCUGAAAACCUCUGUUUCACAGCGUGAUUCCCUGACUGAAGAGAGAGAUGAGUUGAAGAGGAUCCUGAUAGGCCUAGGAUGGGUGUAUUUCAGCGAUAGUAUCUAUUACAUUUCUUCUACCAAGAAAACCUGGCAAGACAGUAGAAAUGACUGUCUUCAAAAAGGUGCAGACCUGAUGAUUAUCAACAGCAAAGAAGAACAGGAUUUCACGAGACAGUCGAAGAAGAAUGUGUGGAUUGGACUCACUGACAGUGAGACAGAGGGGACAUGGAAAUGGGUUGAUGGGACUCCACUGACAACAAGCUACUGGGCGAGUGAUGAGCCUAACAAUAGUGGCCCUGGAAACACAGCUGAAAACUGUGGAGAAGUGAUGAUGCAUCAAUUGGAAAAUAACUGGAAUGACUUAUCAUGUGAUUAUCUAAAGCUCUGGAUCUGUGAAUUGAAAUUGCGUCCAUAACUCAGCAUCCCAACUCUGCAGAUGUCUUUGUUAAACCCAGGACAAUCCAAUCAUUGCCAAGAAGAAAGUGUUCCUAUUGUUUUGGCAUUUCAUUGUGGACUUACGUCCUCACAACCUGAAUAUGCUCAUAUGUGCUUUUAUAUAUAAAUGUUUUCAGAUCGGUCGGCUUUGUGUGGAUGCUGUUACUGUGCUGCAGGGAAAGUGGCCACAUACAGGAACAGAUGUCCAACUGUGGUCACUGCUUUGUUUGCAAAAAAUAAUGCAAAGAAUA